AUCAGACAAUCUUAUCUGAUUGAUAAUUUGGCUUGGCAUUAUCCCGGGCCAAUUAAAGGUUCACUACAUCAUGUACUGUGUAUAAUCAACAAUGCCUACCAACAGCCCGUAUCCCAGGCUUAUCUUACUGCCUUUGGUCCAUCUCUUCAGGGAUUUAUAGUCGUGAUACUGUUAAUGUUAGGUACCUGGCUUAAGAACCUAUUAUAAGAUGACUCAACGAGCGACCGCCGUAUCCAGGCCUGUCCGUCUGCCUGCCUGCCUGCCUUCGGUGUCGGCUUCGGCUUCGGCUAGCCGAUCUACUUCUUCUUAAAUAUACCUCCUGUCUGCCCCAAACCGCCUCUUCAAUUCUUCCUUAUCAUGUCUUCUUUAGCAAUUGCUCCUAUUCUAAGUUUCUUACCAAACUACUGUCAUAAGUCCGGUCAUGGCGACGCCAAAGAACCAAGAUGAUAUUUCAGCGGCGCCCGAUCCCGUUACAGUAGAAUUAGCCAAUAUUCCAACACCGACUACUACGACCGUCAAGAAAGACUCUGAUCCCUUCCUUGUCGCCUUUGACCAACCCUACGAUGCCGAGAACCCGAUAGACUGGCCAACAGGCCGUAAAUGGAUGGUGACCGACGUCUUGUCCGCUACAGGCUUUAACCGUAUCAUGGUCUCGACAAUUAUGGCCCCGGCAUUAUCAACUAUCGCUAACGAGCUCAACAUGAGCUCAGCCGAGUCGGCCAUGUCCCUUUCUAUAUACCUCUUAGCCACCGUCUUUGGUCCGCCCCUUAUUGGACCGUUGUCGGAAAUAUACGGUAGAACAGUUGUUCUACAUAGUUCCAACGUCUGGUUCCUCGUUUGGAAUAUUGUUUGUGGGUUUGCCCCUACGAAGGGCACGCUUAUUGCAGCUCGCUUCCUAGCAGGUUUUGGUGCCAGCGCCAUAUAUUCUCUUGCUGGAGGUGUUCUUGGGGAUGUGUGGAGACCAGAACAGCGAGGCAGCUCGCUAGGAGUCUACUUAAUUAUUCCCUUGCUUGGUGCAGCAGUUGGUCCUAUAAUUGGUGGUUUUAUGGCUGCGCGAACAACUUGGCGGUGGAUGUUUUGGGCUACCUCUGCAUUCCAAGCCGUCAUGAUAUUGGUGUCUUAUUUUAGUUUCCACGAGUCGUACGGACCACUAAUACUCCAACGGCGUGCCCAGCGCCUUUGUAAGGAAACUGGGGAAAGCCGAUAUCAUACCCGGGGCGAAACAAUUGAUGGGAAUAGGUCGGCCGUCACCAUUCUAAUGCGAGCUCUAUCGCGACCGGUUCGUCUCUUGCUCUUCCAUCCCAUCAUCCAAGUUUCAGCCGUUCUAUCAGGAUUUAACUACGGAAUCUUGUAUGUCGUCCUCUCUACAUUUUCUGCUCUUUUUACGUCCCAAUACGGCCAGUCAGUCGAAAUUAGUGGACUACACUACAUUGCUUGCUCUCUUGGUGAGUUGGCUGCCUCACAGGUCGGUGCGCCUUGGAUGGACUACUUGUACAAGCGGCUACCGGCACAUAAACAGAAUCCAGAGUCUCGUAUGCCGCUAAUGUUCCCCUCAAUAAUUAUCACAUGGGUUGGUGCCUUAAUGUAUGGGUGGACGGCUGCGUAUCGGCUACAUUGGAUCGUAGUUGAUAUUGGAGUAUUCAUCAUGUUGUUCGGUAUGCAACUAGGCGGCUUACCUAUAACGGCCUAUGUUAUCGACACGUAUGGAGAACACACAAGUAGCGCCAUGGCGGCACAGCAAUUUCUUAAGAGCUUGAUGGCUUUCCUAUUCCCAUUAUUCGCCCCAAGCAUGUACGUAGCACUUGGAUACGGAUGGGGUAAUAGUGUACUGGCCUUGGGGGGCUUAGUAGUUUCAGUCCCUCUCCUGAUAUUUUUAUGGAAGUAUGGAGCAAGGUUGAGGGCCAAAGCAAUUUCUACUAAGUAAGAAAUAUGGACAAGGGAAAUUUACAGACUUUUGCCCUCUCACCCUAUAAUAUUUCCUCGGAAUUCUGUCCAUGUUGGAGCCUACCUUAGUAGGGUGGCGAUGGUCUAGGAAGAAUUACUUAGGAAUUCUCGGGAUAAGAUGCUUGCCUACACUCUCCUCACCACUAGGUCAGCUUAUAACAAGUGACUUAAGGGUCAAUACCGUACUUAGGUAGGCAAAUAGGUUGAUAACUGUUUCGAGA